UCUGUCCAUGCUCUGUGUGUCUGUGUGCUCCUGUUUCUGCCGGCCCACUCUCAACUCUCUGUGCCUCUCUCAAUCUCACUCCAUCUAACAAAAUGAGUGUUAGACGAAGCAGCGCCAGGGGACCUGGCAGUGGGUCCAGCUACUCCAUCACUCACAGCUCUACUGCUCCCACCUACCGGGCCGCCAGCACCUAUGGUGGUGCUGGGGGUCAGGGGACUCGAAUCUCCUCUGUGUCCUACUCGGGUGUGCGAAGCGGGAUGGGAGGGAUGGGGGUUGGGAUGGGAGGCUCCGGGGGCUCCAUGUCCAGCAGCAUCCAGGUGAACGCCAGCGGGGACACCGCUCACAUCAUGGGCAAUGAGAAGUUUGCCAUGCAGAACCUCAACGACCGUCUGGCCUCCUACCUAGAGAUGGUGAGGAACCUGGAGCAGGCCAACGGCAAACUGGAGCUGAAGAUCAGGGAGGCCAUGGAGAAGAGAGGCCCAGAUGUCAACGACUACAGCCGCUACAACGCCAUCUUGGAUGACCUGAGGAAGAAGGUGUUUGAUGCCACAACAGACAACGCCCGUAUGUGUCUUCAGAUCGACAAUGCCCGCUUAGCUGCUGAUGACUUCAGGGUGAAGUUUGAGUCUGAGCUGUCCAUUCGCCAGUCUGUGGAGGCUGACAUCGUUGGCCUGAGGAAGGUCAUAGAUGACACCAACAUGGGCCGCAUGAACCUGGAGAGUGAGAUCGAAGCUCUGAAGGAGGAGCUCAUCUUCCUGAAGAAGAACCACGACAAUGAAGUGAUGGAGAUGCGUAACAUGAUCUCCCAGUCUGGAGUGCAGGUGGAUGUGGAUGCUCCUAAGGGCCAGGACCUGGCCGCCAUCAUGGCUGAGGUCCGGGCCAAGUACGAGAAAGAGGCCCUGAAGAACCAAGAGGAGCUCAAAGCAUGGCAUGAAACACGGAUCACAGAGGUGCAGUCCGUGGUGUCACAGAACACAGAGGCCCUCCAAGGCGCACACACAGAGAUCAACGACCUCCGUAGGCAGCUACAGACACUGGAGAUCGAGCUAGACUCACAAAAGAGCUUGAAAGGAUCUCUGGAGGGGACGCUGCGAGACACGGAGAUGCGCUACAACAUGGAGAUGGAAUCCUUGAACAACAUCCUCGUGGGUCUGGAGUCUGAGCUGACUAACCUCCGCUCCAACAUUCAGAAGCAGACGCAGGAGUACGAGCACCUGCUCAACAUCAAGAUGAAGCUGGAGGCGGAGAUCGCCACAUACAGGAGACUGCUGGACGGAGGAGACUUCAAGUGA